UUUGACAGCAUUGUUAAAGAGCCUAUGAGCGAAACCAUGAAACGCCCCUUAUCUUUAGCUCGCGUCGGCGCAAGUCGAUAGAUGUUUAUUUAAAGCCUGUGGUCGGGCGCGUGGAGUGACGCCCAGGUCCAACCGGCUUGCCCGUUAUGUGUUAUGGAGGCGACGGCGAGCCAGGUGAAUGAAUUCUCCGGGUGGACGAGGCAGAAAGAAGAAGGGCCCCGCCUGCACCAGCGCCGCACCGGAAGGCGACGCCCCCGAUCAGGUGUCGCUCCAUAAGCGGAAUUUGUUCUAUUUUUCCUACCCACUGCUGGCGGUGUUUGCGCUGUUCCGGGUGAUCGCCCUGUACUUGGGCAAACUGUUCGCCUGGGUUUGCGAGCGGCUCUCCAGGGCCAUGGCGGUGCGAGCCAAGCGCCCGGAGGACGUCGGCGGCGGGGAAUACGAGGACACCGGCGAGCUGAUCCGCAACCACCACAAGCAGGCCUUCGAAUACAUCUCAGUAGCGCUGAGGAUUGACGAGGAUGAAAAAGGUCACAAAGAGCAGGCGGUGCAGUGGUACAAGAAAGGGAUCUCUGAACUGGAGAAGGGAAUUGCCAUAGAGAUCAUGGGUCAAGGGGAGAAGUCUGAACGCGCCAAACGUCUGCAGGCCAAGAUGACCACCAACCUGAUCAUGGCCAAGGAUCGCUUGGAGCUUUUGGCUCAGCUUUCCCCGGCCUCAUCUCAGAGAGACAUCUACACCCAGAGCACAAAGCCGUGCUACCAAAACGGCCACCUGCGCUCAGUGAGCGGGGCGGUGCCCAAAAAGAAGGACCCUCUGACCCACUCCAGCCACUCCCUCCCGCGGGCCAAGCACUCCCACAAGAGCCCCUGGGCCGGCCAGCGGUCCCCCAGCUACACCGGGACCCCCGCCUCCACCGCCAGACCCCCCUCCCAAACCGCCGGAGGCAACAAGGGCUCCGCGAAACCGGGCGCCCGGCAGAACGGCAAGCCCACGACGCCCACGGGCACGCCCCUGAAGAAGAGGGACAUGAAGAACCUGAAAAACGUGGACAGCAAGCUGGCCAACCUCAUCCUGAACGAGAUCGUGGACAGUGGCUCGGCCGUGCGGUUUGAUGACGUGGCGGGACAGGACCUUGCCAAGCAGGCGCUCCAGGAGAUCGUCAUCCUCCCGGCCCUGAGACCAGAGUUGUUUACAGGCCUGAGGGCCCCUGCAAGGGGCCUCCUGCUGUUCGGGCCCCCAGGGAAUGGGAAGACCAUGCUGGCCAAGGCGGUUGCCGCGGAAUCAAACGCGACCUUUUUCAACAUCAGCGCCGCCAGCCUGACCUCUAAAUACGUGGGGGAAGGGGAGAAGCUGGUCAGAGCUCUGUUUGCCGUGGCCAGAGAACUACAGCCCUCCAUCAUAUUCAUCGACGAGAUCGACAGCCUCCUCUGCGAGAGGAGGGAGGGCGAACACGACGCCAGCAGACGUCUGAAGACCGAGUUCUUAAUCGAGUUUGACGGGGUCCAAUCAGGAGGGGACGAAAGGGUGCUGGUGAUGGGAGCCACCAAUCGGCCGCAGGAGCUGGACGAGGCCGUGCUGAGGCGGUUCGCAAAGAGAGUGUAUGUGGCUUUACCAACAGAAGAGACACGAUACAAGCUGCUGAGAAACCUCCUGGAGAAGCACGGAAACCCCCUGGGUCAGAGAGACCUGGCUAAACUCGCCCGUAUGACUGAGGGAUACUCAGGAAGUGACCUGACCUCAUUGGCUAAAGAUGCUGCUCUUGGACCAAUCAGAGAGCUGAAACCGGAGCAGGUGAAGAAAAUGACUGCUAAUGAGAUGCGGAACAUAAAGUUCUGCGAUUUCGAGGAGUCUCUGAAGAAGAUCAAGCGCAGCGUGAGCCCCCAGACCCUGGAGCUGUACGCACGCUGGAACAGACAGUACGGGGACACCACCGCCGUGUGAACACAGCGCCCCCCCCCCCCUGCUGGCCCGGAGGGGAAACGCAGCGCCCCCUACUGGCCCGGAGGCUCCCUGGGGGCAGGACAGCGAAAACGAGAUGGGGGAAAUCGAGCGUUCUCUCCUGUUUUGAGGGGUUGUUUUAUUUUUAUUUUUUUCCCUUCAAAGAAGGGCAAAAGCGCCAACUGAGCACCCAAUGAUACCUUGGAAGCAAAUGAUUUGGUGCUUAUGAGAUCUGUGCUAAUGGGCUCUUCCAGUGUACAGUGUGACCAGCACUGUUCAUGGCAGUCCUCCCGUGGGUGAUCUGCCUCUGACUUCCAACCAUAACCCUCUGACAUCUGUGGUACAGGAUCUAUUGUCUUUUUUAUUUGUAUUUUUUUUUUUCUUUUUCUCUUUGGAGAUACUAGCACUGAAUAAAUCUCACCUGUUCUGCAAAGUGUGUUUAGGUCCACCGCUGGAGUCUAACGCCACGUUUACUGCCCAAACCAGCACGGAGCCCAUCGACCGGUCUGCUUUUCCCAGUCUGACAGAGAUGAAGGCGGUUGUUGGUCUUUAUCAAAUCACGAAGAUCUGAUUACAAUGUGCCUUUCACUGACCGGGAAGGGCCCACAAUUUGAUUGGUUCACGUCCAACAUUCUAAAGGAAAUGUUAUGUCCGUGUUGAUUCAGGCGUCAUUAGAUAAAAAUGUUUUUCUUUAUUUGACUUGGUGAUUUAAUAAGCUGUCGUGGUGUGGUGUCGCAGGUCCGACGGCGACGAUCGGUUUUUGUUCGCUCAGCAGACGUGCCGUUGGGACAUUUCGGAAAAGGAACGCUAUCGUCCGCUCAAGCGGAAGAGCGCGUGCGGUAAUGCGUGCGGAAGCGGUCGGCAGAGUUCAGCGUAGCUUUCAGGUUUAUAGCCUGGUGUUCUCCCGUGAACUCACUCUCUCUCCCUGGCAUGGUUGUGGUCGAGAAGGACCGGGUGCCUUAACUUUCAGUGGCGAAAAAAAAAAAGAAAAAAGAAAAAGUGAUUUCCUUCUAUUUUGUGUCCCGUUUCUUCCAGUGGUCCCCUGAGAUUUUGCAAUUAAAAAAAAAAUAAUAAAAAAAAAUAAAAAAAUAUUCUGCCUUACCUUUCGGACACACGGCCAUACUGUGCCGGAGGACGUUACAGUUUCAGACGGCUAAAAAAAAAUGUAGCAAACCAAAAUAAUUGCGGGGUGCAUUUUUAUUAUAACAAAAAGCAAAAAUCAGGUUUUUUUUCUCUUUUUUUUUUUUUUUUUACUGCAUUUGAUACAAAUUUGACCGAUUUAUUUGUAUUUUUUCGUGUGUGUGCUUGUCGUGGAGGUGAAAGUGCUGUGUAACAAGCUGUAUAUGGCAAGAAAAACUAGUCUUUUUGCAAUAAUGUUGAGGGUCGCGCUAACUGAAUAAUCUAAUAUUGAAAGUUGAUUGUAGUUAAUGCACUUAUCCAGUGGUGGCCAAUCAUGUGCCACGGUGGAUUGACAGUUUUUAUUCCGACCAAUCACUACAGCUGAUUUCCCGAAUUUACGCACCUUUAACCAGAGAGGAGUGAAUUAAUUGGUGAUAUCAGCUGGUGUAGUUAUUGGUUGGAAUGAAAGCUUGCUCACUGUCGGCCGCCCACGGUACGUGAUUGGCCACCACUGCACUAAUCCUUUAGCAAUUAGUAUGCACUCCUUUGGGGAAAAAUGGUCAGCGAUCUGAAUUGAGUGCUGUUUGCUAUCCAGCCACUAGAGGGCAGCAAAGAAGAGGCAUCACAAUGGAUCAUCUCAGCCCAUUGUUGGGAUCCAGUGUUAUAUGAGGGGAAAAGUUGGAUGUACAGAAUUGCUGGUGUUACGCAGCACUGAUGGUAAUUCUCUGGUUCAAUUUAGAUCAAAUUCUCGCGAGGCCAGGAGUGUGUGUGGUUAUGGCACAGUGAAACGACUGUGAUUUAUUCGGUAAUCGGCAAGAGAUUACGCCAUAGUUCAGUCAAGCCAACCAAGUAUUCUGUGCUGACCCACUUUUUUGUAUGUGUAAAUAUUAGGAAAGUUUAGUCAUUUCACUAAAUUCGUUUUUCCUAAUGUCCUAUAUAGCUGGUCUGUCGAUGGUAAAUGGCUUUCUAGAGGUCUCCGUGAACAUCCAAAAGACAAAUGACAUUCAGGGUAUGUUCGUUUACUGACUGUGGCCGAUCUGGCCAGAGUUUCUUCUUGUUUAUUGUCCCAAAAUGAUACAUUCUUCCAUGUGUACCAAUGACUCAUCGUGUCAAGGCUCAAAGAUGCAGGUGUAAUUUACAAAAUGGCCGUUCUACUGAUACUCUGGGCUAUAACGACGGGCCACUUAACGGACGCUACUGUGCAUGAUUUGAAAGAAAAGUGCUGGUGAAGUAGUUCAACUGCAGUACCAGUUGGUUUGGUCUGUGUGCUGUUUGACAGAUACUGUUUACCUUUUCUUUCGUACGGUUUUUCUUUUGUGAAGAGUGAAUUGAGUAGAAGUGUGUUGACGUACGGACACACCGGCAGUGACCUGCGCGCGUGUGUGAGAUUCUAAUAAACGUAUUUAUACUGGA